AUGUCAGCGGACUUCUGGGCUGGGUAUCUCAGCGGAGCCGUGGGGAUAAUCAUCGGCAACCCACUCGAUGUGAUUAAAGUGCGCCUUCAAGCCGGCACAGAUGGAGGGACGGGGACGGGUACAGCAUAUGCCCGUCAAUUCGAGUCGACAAGCUCAUUAGUUCGAGGUGCCGCAGCUCCGAUCUUGACAUACGGCGCUCUCAACGCACUUCUAUUCACAAGUUACAACCGCACCCUGACCUUCCUAGCCCCUCGCGUGCAGAACCCUACGGAUCCCACAGAGGCAUCUCUGGGCCAGAUAUGGGUUGCUGGUGCGGUAGGCGGUAUGGUGAGUUGGGUGAUAUCCUCACCCACGGAGCUGGUGAAGUGCCGUGCGCAGAUGCGGCAAGGUACUAGCGAGGCCACGACGGUAUCAUCGUGGGGUGUUGCAAAGGAUAUUGUGCGUAGCAAUGGGGUGAAAGGGUUAUAUUUCGGUGGUGGUGUGACCAGCGUGCGAGAUGCUGUGGGCUACGGGUUCUAG